AUGUAUAGGAAAAUUGUUGGUGGUUUUAGUGAAUGGGGUGAAUGGAGUAACCCUGACUGUCCUGUCACCUGUGGACGUGAAGCCGAGAAGAUCGUUUCUAGAAAUAGGAACUGCACCGAACCACCUCCACAGUUUGGGGGAGCCAACUGUACAGGACCCUUUGAAGAGAGUGCAAACAGAAGUUGCAACCACACAGAAUGUCCAAUUGAUGGUGGUUUUAGUGAAUGGGGUGAAUGGAGUAACCCUGACUGUCCUGUCACCUGUGGACGUGAAGUCGAGAAGAUCGUUUCUAGAAAUAGGAACUGCACCGAACCACCUCCACAGUUUGGGGGAGCCAACUGUACAGGACCCUUUGAAGAGAGUGCAAACAGAAGUUGCAACCACACAGAAUGUCCAAUUGAUGGUGGUUUUAGUGAAUGGGGUGAAUGGAGUAACCCUGACUGUCCUGUCACCUGUGGACGUGAAGCCGAGAAGAUCGUUUCUAGAAAUAGGAACUGCACCGAACCACCUCCACAGUUUGGGGGAGCCAACUGUACAGGACCCUUUGAAGAGAGUGCAAACAGAAGUUGCAACCACACAGAAUGUCCAAUUGUUGGUGGUUUUAGUGAAUGGGGUGAAUGGAGUAACCCUGACUGUCCUGUCACCUGUGGACGUGAAGCCGAGAAGAUCGUUUCUAGAAAUAGGAACUGCACCGAACCACCUCCACAGUUUGGGGGAGCCAACUGUACAGGACCCUUUGAAGAGAGUGCAAACAGAAGUUGCAACCACACAGAAUGUCCAAUUGAUGGUGGUUUUAGUGAAUGGGGUGAAUGGAGUAACCCUGACUGUCCUGUCACCUGUGGACGUGAAGCCGAGAAGAUCGUUUCUAGAAAUAGGAACUGCACCGAACCACCUCCACAGUUUGGGGGAGCCAACUGUACAGGACCCUUUGAAGAGAGUGCAAACAGAAGUUGCAACCACACAGAAUGUCCAAUUGAUGGUGGUUUUAGUGAAUGGGGUGAAUGGAGUAACCCUGACUGUCCUGUCACCUGUGGACGUGAAGCCGAGAAGAUCGUUUCUAGAAAUAGGAACUGCACCGAACCACCUCCACAGUUUGGGGGAGCCAACUGUACAGGACCCUUUGAAGAGAGUGCAAAUAGAAGUUGCAACCACACAGAAUGUCCAAUUGUUGGUGGUUUUAGUGAAUGGGGUGUAUGGAGUAACCCUGACUGUCCUGUCACCUGUGGACGUGAAGCCGAGAAGAUCGUUUCUAGAAAUAGGAACUGCACCGAACCACCUCCACAGUUUGGGGGAGCCAACUGUACAGGACCCUUUGAAGAGAGUGCAAACAGAAGUUGCAACCACACAGAAUGUCCAAUUGAUGGUGGUUUUAGUGAAUGGGGUGAAUGGAGUAACCCUGACUGUCCUGUCACCUGUGGACGUGAAGCCGAGAAGAUCGUUUCUAGAAAUAGGAACUGCACCGAACCACCUCCACAGUUUGGGGGAGCCAACUGUACAGGACCCUUUGAAGAGAGUGCAAACAGAAGUUGCAACCACACAGAAUGUCCAAUUGAUGGUGGUUUUAGUGAAUGGGGUGAAUGGAGUAACCCUGACUGUCCUGUCACCUGUGGACGUGAAGCCGAGAAGAUCGUUUCUAGAAAUAGGAACUGCACCGAACCACCUCCACAGUUUGGGGGAGCCAACUGUACAGGACCCUUUGAAGAGAGUGCAAACAGAAGUUGCAACCACACAGAAUGUCCAAUUGAUGGUGGUUUUAGUGAAUGGGGUGAAUGGAGUAACCCUGACUGUCCUGUCACCUGUGGACGUGAAGCCGAGAAGAUCGUUUCUAGAAAUAGGAACUGCACCGAACCACCUCCACAGUUUGGGGGAGCCAACUGUACAGGACCCUUUGAAGAGAGUGCAAACAGAAGUUGCAACCACACAGAAUGUCCAAUUGUUGGUGGUUUUAGUGAAUGGGGUGUAUGGAGUAACCCUGACUGUCCUGUCACCUGUGGACGUGAAGCCGAGAAGAUCGUUUCUAGAAAUAGGAACUGCACCGAACCACCUCCACAGUUUGGGGGAGCCAACUGUACAGGACCCUUUGAAGAGAGUGCAAACAGAAGUUGCAACCACACAGAAUGUCCAAUUGAUGGUGGUUUUAGUGAAUGGGGUGAAUGGAGUAACCCUGACUGUCCUGUCACCUGUGGACGUGAAGCCGAGAAGAUCGUUUCUAGAAAUAGGAACUGCACCGAACCACCUCCACAGUUUGGGGGAGCCAACUGUACAGGACCCUUUGAAGAGAGUGCAAACAGAAGUUGCAACCACACAGAAUGUCCAAUUGUUGGUGGUUUUAGUGAAUGGGGUGUAUGGAGUAACCCUGACUGUCCUGUCACCUGUGGACGUGAAGCCGAGAAGAUCGUUUCUAGAAAUAGGAACUGCACCGAACCACCUCCACAGUUUGGGGGAGCCAACUGUACAGGACCCUUUGAAGAGAGUGCAAACAGAAGUUGCAACCACACAGAAUGUCCAAUUGAUGGUGGUUUUAGUGAAUGGAGUGAAUGGAGUAACCCUCUCUGUCCUGUCACCUGUGCACGUGAAGCCGAGAAGAUAGUUUCUAGAAAUAGGAACUGCACCAAACCACCUCCACAGUUUGGGGGAGCCAACUGUCCAGGACCCUCUGAAGAGCGUGCAAACAGAAGUUGCAACCACACAGAAUGUCCAAGUAAUGACAACGUUACGGACUGGACGAAUUGGAGUGAGCCAGUGUGUACAGUCACUUGUGGAAAAAGAAUAAACGGAACUGCCAGCAGAACCAGGAUGUGUACUUCGCCAUCCAACGGAAUUAACUGCGUUGCACGUCUUCUGGAAAGUGACACGAGAGAAUGCAAGCUCCCUGACUGCCCAGAGUUCGAUUCCAUCCCUCGAGAUGAUUUGUUGGCGUCGACCGACUGCUCAAUGAGAUAUUUUGUGCUUCUUGAUAAGGUGUUUGGUGUUAAUGGUGGUCGGGCAUCCUCUGUGGAAACAUUACCAAUGAAUGGAAGUUUGUGA